ACUAUCAGACUAUCAGAUAUCGAUGACAAUAAUCGAAUCGUGUGUUCGCACAUUUUACAAAUAUUAUUCAAUUUUUACGCAUUUCCGCGAUGUUGUUGCCGCCAGAUCGUUUGGAGCACUAUAAAACCAGUUUGGAGCAACAGCUGAAGCGUUUGGCCAGCAGCAUAAGGAGUUAUUUGGUGCUAAAAGCAGCUGACACAUCUGAAUUGUCGAAUCGAGCGAAUCGCUUGUGGGAAUUGAGUCAACGUUAUCGACUGGUCAAGGGUACCAAUGAAGCUGCCACUUUCGCCCUUCUCGCUGUGUGCCAGAAUGUUUACCAAAACCUGCAGGACAGCAUAUUGAAAUUAGAUUUAGAACUGGUUCAGAUAUCCGCCCAAGUAGCCGACUUCGAGAUCGAGUGCCUGCAACUCGGUCAAGAGCAAAGCCAAAGCAAAACGCCCACAAGCUUAACAGAAUUCCGUAAUUUCCUGGAGGAAUCCCUCAAGCUACUGCAGAAUCAGGUCAAGUAUCUGGAGCUCCAUCUUCGCCAGCUGCAACCCAAGAUCUUGGCCCCGGAAUCCUCACUGGAGGCCUUCAGAUCCGAUCUUCAACUGCCCGAACACGCAGAGGCACGAAUUUUUCUUGGACUGGCCAAAAUCGAGAAGUUGGCCAGUUUUCCACUGAUUUUGUAGUAAUAAAAGGUCUUGUUCUUGUUAAUAACUAAAGGAAUACAACACAUUACUUGACUCUAGUUGUAAACCGCUAGUAAGUAGUAUUUUUGUUUCUGUUUUUAAUUUUAUCAUUAUCUUCCCUGUAAAACAAAAUAAUUUUCUCAAAAUUACUAUACUUAAACAUCUGUUAAGAGCUAUUGCCUUUUUGUGAGUUGACUUUAUAUAAAGCUGGAUAUUAGAUAUCGACCGCACUAAACAUUAAUUCUACAUACUGUA